CCUCGCAAGGCGGGCGGGGCGGUUAGGGGCGCGGCCCCGGGACCCCGCCCCGCUGGGGACUCUUGGGAGCGCGGGCGUUGGGCACACUGCACGGACUCGCCGACAGCGGGGAGCGCAGCCGUCCUCUGCAGGAGCCGCGGGUCGGGAGAAAGAACCGUUUCAGCGCUGCUGGAGAGUGUGUUUCCAGGGGAUUGAGGAAAACCCAUCAGGAACCGAAAAUGCCGAAACCAAUCAAUGUCCGAGUCACCACCAUGGAUGCGGAGCUGGAGUUCGCCAUCCAGCCAAAUACAACAGGAAAACAGCUUUUUGAUCAGGUGGUUAAGACUAUCGGCCUUCGGGAAGUGUGGUACUUUGGCCUCCAGUAUGUGGAUAAUAAAGGAUUUCCUACCUGGUUGAAACUUGAUAAAAAGGUGUCGGCCCAGGAGCUCAGAAAGGAGAAUCCUCUCCUGUUCAAGUUCCGGGCCAAGUUCUACCCAGAAGACGUGUCUGAGGAGCUCAUCCAGGACAUCACGCAGAAGCUCUUCUUCCUGCAAGUGAAGGAGGGGAUUCUGAGCGACGAGAUCUACUGCCCGCCCGAGACGGCCGUGCUGCUGGGCUCCUACGCCGUGCAGGCCAAGUUCGGAGACUACAACAAGGAGCUGCACAAGGCCGGGUACCUCAGCAACGAGCGGCUGAUCCCCCAGAGAGUCAUGGACCAGCACAAGCUCACCAGGGACCAGUGGGAGGACCGCAUCCAGGUGUGGCACGCCGAGCACCGCGGGAUGCUCAAAGACAGUGCUAUGUUGGAGUAUCUGAAGAUUGCCCAGGACCUGGAAAUGUAUGGAAUCAACUAUUUUGAGAUAAAAAAUAAGAAAGGAACAGACCUUUGGCUUGGAGUUGAUGCCCUUGGACUAAAUAUUUAUGAGAAAGAUGAUAAGUUGACCCCAAAGAUUGGCUUCCCGUGGAGUGAAAUCAGGAACAUCUCUUUCAAUGACAAAAAGUUUGUCAUUAAGCCCAUCGACAAGAAGGCGCCUGACUUUGUGUUCUAUGCUCCCCGCCUGCGAAUCAACAAGCGGAUCCUGCAGCUCUGCAUGGGGAACCACGAGCUGUACAUGCGCCGCAGGAAGCCCGACACCAUCGAGGUGCAGCAGAUGAAGGCCCAGGCCCGGGAGGAGAAGCACCAGAAGCAGCUGGAGCGGCAGCAGUUGGAAUCCGAGAAGAAACGGAGAGAAACGGUUGAGAGAGAAAAAGAGCAGAUGAUGCGUGAGAAGGAGGAACUGAUGCUCAGGCUGCAAGACUACGAGGAGAAAACCCGGAAGGCGGAGAGAGAGCUCUCGGACCAGAUCCAGAGAGCCCUGCGGCUGGAGGAGGAGAGGAAGCGAGCGCAGGAGGAGGCGGAGCGCCUGGAGGCCGACCGCAUGGCCGCGCUGCGAGCCAAGGAGGAGCUGGAGAGGCAGGCGGCAGAUCAGAUGAAGAGCCAGGAGCAGCUGGCCACGGAACUCGCGGAGUACACAGCCAAGAUCGCCCUCCUGGAAGAGGCGCGGAGACGCAAGGAGAACGAGGUGGAGGAGUGGCAGCUCCGGGCCAAAGAAGCACAGGAUGACCUGGUGAAGACCAAGGAGGAGCUGCACCUGGUGAUGUCUGCCCCCCCGCCCCCCCCGCCCCCUGUGUACGAGCCCGUGAGCUACCACGUCCGGGAGAGCCCACAGGAGGAGGGCACGGAGUACACCGGCUACAGCGCCGAGCUGUCCAGCGAGGGCAUCCUGGACGACCGCAACGAGGAGAAGCGGAUCACCGAAGCCGAGAAGAACGAGCGCGUGCAGCGGCAGCUGAUGACGCUGACCAAUGAGCUGUCCCAGGCCAGAGACGAGAACAAGCGGACCCACAACGACAUCAUCCACAACGAGAACAUGAGGCAAGGCCGGGACAAGUACAAGACGCUGCGGCAGAUCCGGCAGGGCAACACCAAGCAGCGCAUCGACGAGUUUGAGGCCAUGUGAGGGGCGCAGCCGUGCCGGCUCCGGAGGGAGGCCGCAGGCUGCCUUCAGCGCCUACUCGUAGUUCUCUGCACCCACAUCCCUUGUCCUCCACGUCCUUUAUAAAGAGUAGUUACUUCAGUGGGAAUGUUCUGGGGCUGGGACCAAUGGAAGUGUCCCUGGUUUAUUUUUCCCAAUUGUAUCAUAGUGCCAAACAGGCCUGAUUUUUAUUAUUAUUAUUAAAUUACUUCCUGUUUUAUGCUUGGAACAGGACUGAAUCAAUUAAGGAAAGAUGCCUGUUAAGUCUGAAUAACUCCAUGCUGGCAUGUGUGAUACAAGAUUCAGCAAAAUUAAAACCACAUCGUGGCUUAUAUUCUGUGCCAUACUUUUUCUAUAUUUGAAAUUAGCUGAAAUUGAUUUCUUCUUGAUUUCAAUGAAGGAUCCAUCUUUGUAUAUUUGCUUUUUGAAGGGUGAAAAUUUUGAAAGUUGAGUCUAAAAUACACUUACACGCAUACACACGCACGCACUAUUUCCUUCCUCCAGGCCUUCAGUUGACGAAAUCCUGUGAUCAUUCAGGAUAAACAGUGCAGGAGGAUAUACUCCACGCUUGGAUAAAUUUUUCUUUUUUUCCUUUUUUUUUUUUUUUUUGCUUAACCAUUAGAGCUGCAUUGUUGGACUUAGACACCUAAAUAAUGAUCAGCUAUAGAGUAUAAUAUUUAUAUGUAAGUGAUAAUAGGGUUUGUAACUUUAGUUUAAAAAAGGGAACGUUUCAUUCUGUAUAUUUUGUUACCUUUUACAGAAUAAAAAGAAUUACAUAUUAAAAAUCAUGUAACCAUGACACUUGAUCUCAUGUUGACGGGCAGUAGUGAAAUGGAUCAACUGCAGUAAUCAGAUCUGGAAAAAAAGGCUUUUUGUUUACUUUCAGCGUUCUUUGCGCAUGUAAUUGAUUAUGCACAUUGUAAUUUUCUAUCCGAGCUUAUUGGAGAAAGACCCUCGCUGUUCUGUUCAUUCAGACUCCAGCCGGGAAGGGCCUUCUGACCUGGUUAGCAUCUCAGUGCUUCCACAGGGGAAGCCUGCCCUGCCCUCCUUACGUCUCCCCACGUCCUUGAAAAGCCUUCAGACGCCAGCUCUCACCGCGGCCGGUUCUGUUCCUGCACCUCCUAAGCUCUGCUCAGUCCUUUUCCUUUUCGGUUAAGACGUCCUGUGUGGAUGAAGCCUGCAGCACAGAUUUCGGAAAUAAACCAUCGGCAAAGCAA